CAGUAGUUAGCUUCAUUUUAGUGAUACAAUGUAUAUAGUAUUCACUCGAAAUAGAUCCCAUCUGUAGUAUAUGUAUCCUCGUCCUACACAAUACAGUAACGCAAAGGAUCAAUGACGUUGCGAGAGCUGGGUAACUUCCCCGGUUCGCUUCGGUCAAGCAACCGUGAGUCGCGUAUGUCUGCUUCAAACAGAUUGCCUGUUGCAUACUGUACUCAACGUUCACGUUCGGACGCCUUCAGAUUAUGGUCCGCUCGACAGAUACCGACCUUCGUGACGGGUCACACAUGACAGGCCCUUGGGCAUUGCCCGUCUGGUCACGCGUGGGACGGAAUCUCGCAACAAUGAGGCAGCCCAGCGACACCUGGGUAAAACCAAAAUCUUCGGGAAUCCGGAGCCCGAUAGAUAUUGAACAGGUAGGGUUGUGUUGUGCUCGGCUGACACAGAAUUCCCCGCUGGUGCUCGGAGGUCAUUUGUGACACAAAAU